AUGGUUCAACAUGGAUGCAUUCGUGUCGCAUUACGGUGCACAAUCGCUGCAAAGCAAUCUUCCUUCUCAUACCUUUUACUUGCUUAUUUGAACGAUAUCAAGGGUAAUGUCGUCGGGGCUGAGAUCGGUGGGCCUCAAGGACGGCGAAAACACGAGCCGGGUCACACUGUUACAGAUUACGAACGGUUCAUAGACUUGGUUCAGCGAAUGCUUGUUUACGAUCCUAAGCAUCGCAUUCGCCCUGAGGAAGCACUCGCUCAUCGCUUCUUCCAACGACGUGAUGAUGGUCAGUUAAUCGCCCUAUUUCUCCAGUUCAAUCAUCUUUUAUAUUGUGUUUGUCAUUUCGACCUUGUUUGCGCAACUUGGUCGGAGCGUCAAGGAGACCUAAUAGAACCAUCGGAACAUUGGCUGGGUACAUUCCCAUACGUUUCACCGGCAUCUUCAAUAAGAGAUGUCAUCGUAAGUACAGAGUUACAACUUAUCAAAGUGGCAAGUGAAGGCAAUCCCCUUGACCAAUAUUCUGUUCAACCGCUGUUGCAUCACUCCUCGCCCAUAUUUUUCGUCCUACCUUCUAAUGCUGCACCUCUUUCUCUCAACCUCACUUCAUAG